UGUGAGGUGUUUGUGUUUAUGCCUUGUGUUUGUUUUGGGAUUGCAGAAAGGUGGUGACAGUUACUAAGCACAGCUUUUGACCUAUGGAAGGCAAGACAAGGGGUUGUUCUUCAAGUGAAGAUAGUGAUGAUGAGGUCUAUUUGCAAAAUGCAAGUGAGGAUGAGGACCUUCAAUUUUCAUCUGGUUCUAUGCCAAAGUUGCAGUUCAGGAAUGUGAAAUCCAAAAGCACUUGGAAUGAAGAGAUGGGAAUGGCUGAAGUCACUGAGAAGAAUGGGAAAAUGUGGGUAACAACUGGAAUUGUUCGCAACGGCAAGAUUUAUUCUUCAAUUGAGGAGACUUUGUAUCUUAUGGAACUAGGAGCCUUAGAUCUCUUAGAUAAUGGUGGUAGAAGCAUGUCAUUAACAGAAAUAUAUGAAAAGGUAGCUGGCAGGAAGAGUGGAUGUUCUUGGGAGCUGUUUGAGGUUUACAGGCACCUCAAGUCUCUUGGAUUCAUAAUUGGGCGGCAUGGUGCUGCUUGGAGUUUGAAGAGUAUUAGAAGUUCUGAUAAAUCUGUCACUCUUGAAGUCACAGAAGAAAGAAAACAAGUAGUAGACAUGGGUUCUGAAGUUGAGCUUUCCAUCAAAAAUUUUUUUGGUCAGUUGCAGAUUAAUGAAAUGAGGCCAGAUUUUGAUGUUUAUCUUCCAAACAGCAGGUUUAGAAAAUCUUCUCCAGGUGAUCCAAGUUUUCUACUGCACUUGUCUAGGGGUCAUCCACCAUCUAGGGCAGAAAUUCAAGCCCUUCAGAGACAAUGUGGUAACAUUCCUUUGAAAAUCUGCCUGGUCGCAGAGGGAAGGGUCAGCUUCUUUUCCUUUGACAAGGUGGAGGUUCCUGUUCUCCCCUGAAAUAUUGGUGACAAUCCUUCAUUUCCACUCUGGGACUUGGGGGAAAAAGAAACUAAGGAUUGUAACUUGAGAAUUGGAUGUUGUAGCUUGUAGGAUCCAAUGAUGUUGUGAGAAAGCUGCAGAAGCUGUGGUUAAGAUGACCUUGUCCAGCAAAGGGCCGUGGUGAUAACAUCUGAAGCUUGACUUUGGUCAAAUUGAUCAUGAUUCUGAUGCAGCAGCAUGUCAUUGUUGACCAUAACCAGAAGCUGAAGGCAAUGAUGUAGCAAUACAUGCUGGGUUAGUGUUAUAGACA